UAAAAACCUCUCAAAUUAUCAUUGAUUUGGAGGACACUCAAAGUAAAUGAUUUUAGAAGAAAGAUGUCAAAGCAUAAAUAACCUUCGGCAAACGCCAGUGAAAAACUCAAGUACGUCUUCUAUCUAUAAUAACAUCAAAUAACAUCAAGCAUAUUUUAAUGCUGUUGAUAGAAAUACCAUAUAUUGUAUUUCUAUUAAGAUAGGAGAAAGAAAAUUUUUUAAUUCCUUUGGAAAAAUACUAAUAUUUAGAUACGUAUUAAUAUGUUUUCCGUGGUUUGGAUGUUAUAUUCGCUUAAAAGUUUGCUUAGACUCUCUAAUUAGAAUGGAAUUAUGAUUUCUAUUCUUAACAAAGAUAUCUAUUUUCCAGGUUCCCAGGAGAUCCUCUCAGGUUGAUGAUUUCAAUCCUUUUCGUUCAUCACCGGAAGGGGAAGCUCUUAUGGUCUCCAACUCACAAUGCCAGCGAUGCCUAAUAUCUAUUACCGCAACAUUAGCCAUGGUCAUAGUCGGUUCAGUCAACGGAUGGACAACGAUUUCUCUUUAUUAUCUAAUAACCGGUAUCGGCGGCGUGCCGCUGACGAUAACACACGACGAAUCUUCAUGGGUGGUUUCUUUGACAGUACUUGGUUCAAUGAUCGGUUCACUUGUGGCUGCACAGUUGGCCGCCCGUAGCGGUUCUAACAUCUGCCUCGUAUUAUGCAACUCAAUGUUCACCUUAGGCUGGUUCAUCACCUACGACGCAACUUCCGUGCCAAUGCUAUACCUUGCUCGGGUGAUUCUCGGUAUAGGCGUUGGUAUUGCCCACACGAUAAAUCCCAUGUACGUGUCAGAAGUCGCCAACAGGAACCUCAGAGGCGCCCUAGGUACUCUAAUUGCAAUCAACGCAUUAAAGGGGUCACUGCUAACCUGUACCCUAGGACUUUUUCUGACGUACAAGUCACUCCUCACGGUUCUUGUAAUAAUAUCUUUUAUAUCUCUCUUCUCGAACACGUGUUUCCCCGAAACUCCGUAUUUCUUGUUGGCAAAAGGUCGAAAGCAGCAAGCACGUAAGUCGAUAGCAUAUUACAAAGGCAUCGCAGAUCCUCACAGAGUGGAAUUCGAACUACAUCCUCAAUGCGCACAAACCAGACACGAAUUACUCCAACAAUCCACGAGCGAUUUACACUCAGAAUCAAGAAGCAAUUUACCCUCACAAUCCACAUGCGAAGCACACUUGGACCCCAUACGGGAAGUAGACAUAGAAGCCACGUCCGAUUUACACUUACCAUCCAGUAGCGACUCACAUGCACAAUCCAUAUCCUCAGUACACUCAACAGUCAUAUGCGAAGUACACACACAACCCACGGGCGAAUCACGCGUAGAAUACUCGCGCGACUCGCCCAGAUUACCACCCCAAACCUCGCGCGAAUUACAUUCACAAUCCACAAGCGACUUACACCGACCAACCACAAGCCAAGUACACAGGCCCUCGACAAGCGAAAUACACCCAGAAGCAACAAGCGAAAUACACCCAGAAACCACAAGUGAAAUACAUCCAGAAACCACAAGCGAAAUACACCCAGAAGCAACAAGCGAAAUACACCCAGAAACCACAAGCGAAAUACACCGACCAUCCACAAGCGAAAUACUCCGACCAUCCACAAGCGAAGUACACCGACCAUCCACAGGCGAAGUACACCGACCAUCCACAAGCGAAGUACACCGACCAUCCACAAGCGAAGUACACCGACCAUCCACAAGCGAAGUACACCGACCAUCCACAAGCGAAGUACACCGACCAUCCACAAGCGAAGUACACCGACCAUCCACAAGCGAAGUACACCGACCAUCCACAAGCGAAGUACACCGACCAUCCACAAGCGAAGUACACCGACCAUCCACAAGCGAAGUACACCGACCAUCCACAAGCGAAGUACACCGACCAUCCACAAGCGAAGUACACCGACCAUCCACAAGCGAAGUACACUCAGACGACUCAGACGAAAUGCUCCCAGACCGCACAUGCGAAAUACUAUCAGGAUCCAAUGAGUAUUUACGCAAAUGGGCUGACAUAGAUGAGAUACACGUAGAUUUCACUAAAUAUAACUGGUCAACCAAGUUGCGAGCAAUACUACAACGAAGCAACAGGAAAGCUCUGUUUAUCAUGCUUGGCUUGACCAUGGCACAACACCUUAGCGGAAACUACAUCACUACGCAGUAUCUGAAAGUGUUGCUCAGCAAAACAGCGAUCGCUCUCAAUCCAUACAAAACGACGCUUGCGAUCCACAUUAUCAGCAUUCUAUCUGGCGGAUUCACCAUCGCAACAGUGGAAUAUCUUGGAAGAAGAACACUUUUGAUUAUGUCUACGCUUGGAACGUGUUGUCCAUUGAUUAUUUUAGCAAAUUAUCUUCUCCUAGUUGAACAUAAGUUUGACGUUUCCAUCAGCUCUAUUCCCAUAUCCAACUUAGUUACACAGCAAAUAAUGUUUCAAAUUGGUUUAGGUACGUUACCCAAUGUUCUCCGAUGCGAAUUAUUUCCUGCGGAACUAAGAGGCUUUGUUGGUGCCAUCAUUGUGAUUUUCGAUGGUAUAAUUGGUUUUACGGUGUCGAAACUGUAUCAAGUGAUUACUAAUAAUAUAGGAUCGUAUGCGAAUUACAUGAUCUUCGGGGCAUCAUGCUGUUUGGCAUUUAUGAUGGUGAUCAUAUGGAUACCGGAAACGAAAGGAAAAACAUAUCGCGAGAUUGAAGCGCUUCUAUUUGGUGAAAAUUUUAAUUCUUUGAAUGAAGAAGUUAGCAACGAUGAAAUGGAUACUCGUAGAAUAUGACAGGAAAAAUUGCACUGUACAUCCAUGGCACGGUGUCUACUUACUCGGAAUAUUUUAUUUCUCAUUUUUAUUAGUAUAGCGACAAAGAUUUUCAAUUUUAUCACGAUAUGCAAUUUCUGUAGUAACGGAGUUUUAUACGUUUCUAAGUGUAAUUUUAGAAAUGUGUCUAACAAAGCUGAUGGUCAUUUACAAACAUAUGCAUCGCAUAAAUUGACUUGCAUUGAACUUAGAGGAACACAUGUUCUCAAACUAAACUUUUUAUCCAUUUCAUAACACGAAAAAUAUCAAUUAACUCGAAAUAAUUGAACAACAGUUUGCAAAAGUAAGAAAAGUAAUAUAUUAAAGAAUGACAAGGUGACAUAAUACUGACAAGAACAAUUUUUAAUAUCACAGCUGUUACCUAUGCUGUUAUUUUUUGUGUUGCAAUAUAUAACAUAUGUAUAUCACAUAUACAUAUGCUAAUAUUGUCACAAUAAACAGCAGGUAUGCUGAAAAAGUCAGUAUUUAUGGUGAAAUUAAUAUAAUAUAAUUAACAUAACA